CUCAAGUUACGCCACCAAACAACACACACGAGACGGGCCGGCGCCUCGAACAAGGGCCGACGCUCGCCCGGCAAUUUCCCGACGGCCUGUUUCCCGUCGCUCCGCUGAUUUUCUUCACUUUGUUGUCACGGAAUGUCAGCCCCAGCUCGGCUAGCAUAGCUUAGUUUAGCUUAGCGCCGCCGACAGGCAAGCUAACUGGGAGCUAGCAUUAGCAUUAGCAUCGGCAUCGGAUGCAGGCAAGCCGUCAGAAAUAAGUUUCCAGGUUGAUAACAGUCGCAAAAAGACCUCAGCGCUAUUCCGCCCAUCAGCAUUUAGACCGAUAAUAACGCCGCCUUACUGUCACCACCUUCGACAUUGUUGCCCGAUUAAAUUCUUCAAUAGAAACUUGAAAAACGAUUAUUCUCACCGUUUCACAAACCGGAGUGGGCAAAAUAACGCAAACUGACGCCCGCGGGGAGAAACCGCACGGGAUUUUAUUCAAACAAAACGCCCUUAACUUACAAUAAAUGACCAUUAGUCAACCUAUUGUGUUUUUCAACAAAAAUGUGGAACUCACCUCGUUUCUCUUUUAACUCUUAUUUGGAGCUGAAGGGGUUGCGCAUGCGCGGAAGAUGCGCUGCCCUGACAAGUUUGUGCUCCGGGGGAAAAAAAAAAAAAAAAAAAAGUUCACUUUACGAUCGCUGGUCAAUACAACACACGCGCAAACACACACGCGCGCGCUUUGAGCGGCGUGCGCUCGUGACACAGCCCGCCGAGGAGUCACUUUGACCGGCGUCGUGACACGCGAGCAUCCGGUCGACCUGAGCGAGCUCAUCGCGCUUGCUUAUAUUCGCAUUGUCUGCCCUUAACGAUAAACAAAACGACGAUUCCACGCCACCUCCAUUUUAUAAUCAUUGCACGACAAUGCAUUGGAAUCCGACCUUGUGGUAUUCCUCAGGUUUGAUGUGUUACGCGUGCACAGCACACGUGCAGUUGUGUGCAUGCAUGUGUAAAAAGCGGGGUGGGGGACGUGUUUGUUUGUUUGUUUGUUUGUUUUUAAAGGGAAAAGUCGACCAAAACAAUACUUGUGAUUCUUACGCAACGCGCUCGAAACGUAACCCGAGUGCAGCUCAAGCUCUCAUUGAGGUCCAAGUUUGUCUCCAAGUGAGGGAAGGAACGUUAGUUUUAGCUCGCUCGGUUGGACGUGCGUCAAGCAGCGCAAGCGCCCGCUCAACCUGCACGGUCGUCCAUCAUGGCUGCAGAUCGCAAAGACGCCUUUUAGCUUGUAGCAUUGCAACGAUGACUUGAUAUGCUUCACACACACACACACACACACAAACACACAACGAAAGACACACGUACACACGUUGUUGUCCCUAUCCGCGGUGGGAACAAGUGUUCUUAGUGAACAAACGCCCGUGUCGCUUUUUUCAUUGGAUUGUAUUUUUUUUCUUGGGUGAGGUGAGUUCAUUUAGUCACGGCGAAGAGGAGCGGGCGGAUUUCGCUCGGUCGCUCCACGCGUCGGCCUCUAGAUGGCGGCAGAGGAGCGUGGAGGGGCGCAGAGGAUGAGGAGGACGACGAUGACGACGCGCGGCCGGAUUAGAACGUUUGCGGCAUUGUGCUGACCCGAAGACACCAUCGGAUGGCAUUCAAAAGCAAAGCGCUCGACUCGGAGACCGUUUUCUUCAACCUGCUGCUGUGCCUGCUCAUCUUCUACGCUCUGUUCUACAUGAUCGGCAGUGUUUGUUUCGGUGCCUUCAGGUUGGAUGGCUUUGAUGGACGGAUACCUUUUGACUUCAAGACCAAGCCGGAGGACUCCAUCUCGAAAUACUUGGUCAACCUGCUGUCCUUGGAGCUGACUUACUUCUGCAGUGGCUUGCUGUUCGCCGCCGUGGUCAAGAGGAGGGUGUGGGACUACGCGCUCACGGUCACUUGUCUGCACGUCUUCAUCACCAGCCUCGUGAUGCUGGAGUUUCCGCUGGCCUGGCAGUGGUGGUUGGCCUUAGGCAGUGGCUUGUUUCUGAUGAUGUGCAAUGGUCAGCUGAUCGCUUACUUCGCCUGCCAGGAUGACCAAAGCUACGUUACCUUCACCGUCUAUUAAAUAUCAGAACGCUUUGUGGAGUGAAGCGUUUACCGAUACAAAAGGAUCCCCUUGGUUCGACGGUACUGUGCAAAAGUCUUAGAGCGCCAUUGGAUUUGUUGUUUUAGCAGUGCAGUGGACCCUCGCAUACUCUCAGUUCGGCACCUGCGGAUUCACCUAUUCGCAGAUUUGUUUCUGUUUGUUUGUUCUUGUUUUGGAGAGGAACCCCUGAAAAUGCUUACCGGCGGUUCAUUUUUUAUUUUUAUUUUUUAAUAUUUUGACUUUUUCCAAUGCAAUUAUAGCAGGCGUCAAUUCUCCAGGGAUUUUUUGCUAUUUGCGUUCCGACCCGGUCCCUGUCCCCCGCCAACAGCGGGAGUCCGCUGUGUUACUAAAAGGUCGCUCAGUAGAGCGUAGACCUCCGCCGAGGCCAACUUUGGAAAGAAAAUAUGUUUCCUCGUUGCUGUAUUUGGAUGAUGGCGUACAUUGUACAGAAUUUCUUUCUACACUUUGGAAAGCUCUGAAUGUGAUAACAGAAUGGGAAUGUUGGAAUAUGCGCUUGUAUAUUUUGAAAGAAUUAAAUGUGUCAUAACUACAUAUUCUGACCUUUUUUUCUCC